GAAAGUUUGAUACACCUGCAUCUAGCGAAGUCAAGUACCGAAAAGGAACAGCCAGACCAGCUCAUGGAAAUAUUUUGGUGCCAGUUCACGAAUUCCGAGCAACUAUGAAUGCAUCAAAACAUUCAAUAGCAAGGGAAGUUUUGCGGUUCGUGGCUGCUUGUAUGAAUUCAAGAAAAAAUGGAACAAUUCAUUUCGGAAUCAAAGACAACGGAGAUGGAUGUGGUACAAUAGAAGGAAUUUCAAGUCCUUUUUUUACCACUAAAGAAUUAGACGUUCUCAUAGCAAGGUACAUAUCUGAAAGCUUUUGUUUGCACAGCCAGAAGGCAUUACUGUGUUUGAGACCGACUCAGGCGAUCCCGUUGAUGGAAUCAGAAAACGUUGUGCUUGAAAUCGAUGUCAUUCCGUGUUCAUAUUAUUGUCCAAAGGAACUAUUUUCAAUUUGCUUUCCGCCAAAGGGACCAUAUGAUACUGUGUAUUUUGUUUAUGACAUGAAUCCAAGAUGCAAUAUAGUUACGAUAGAUGAAUCUAAGAUCUGUUCUGUACGGUGCAUAUAUGCAGACAGAUAUGAGGAGAGACGAACCUUGGAAAAGGAAAGUAUUUUGGAAAGCAAGAAGGACAAAUUCCUUGAAAGAACAUUGGCAAUUUCGCUUACAGGUAAAGGAAAGAAAUAUGUUACGGACGAAUAUGUUCCAAUAAUAGUCACUGGGAAAAUCGGUAGACAAGAUGAAAUUGAGUUCAGGAAGCAGUUGAAAAUGGAUCUAGCAUUCAAAUCAUCUUGUUAUAUAAUUGACAUGGAUUCAUCUUCUACAUUGAGAGCUGAUAUAGAAAAAGACACACGUAUCUUCAAUGUUAAAACGGCAGAAGACUUUAUGAAGACAGACAAACCUGAGCUACCAAACGAGCCGAUGUGGCUGUAUUGCAAUGGCUACGACGAGAAGAACUUGGGUGCGAUGAAAGUUAAAGAAUGGACGGACUGCAGAUUACCAGGAAUACAACUUGCCUUGAACAUGAUAAGGGACAAUAUUCCUAAAGAACGUGCAUUGGUUAUAUUCAUGGUUUAUCAACAGCAAACCAAAAUAGAUCCGAUUUUUGAGCUGGCCAGAGAUAUGAUGAGAUCAUCGUUUCGGCGUGAGUGCGUCGUCGUUUCAAGCAAUGAAGGCAACAUCAAUGAUAUCAAAAAUGAAAUAUCGUAUCUGGUGGAUGACCAUCAUUUUCAUACGGGCCUUUCAUGGGAAGCUAUCUCAGGCGUCGUCAAUUCAGUGUUUCGCCCUAAUCCGAACGUCGUGUGCAGGCUCCCUUGUAGCUACGGUGGACACUUCGUAGAAAUGACUACAAAAGAGAGAUCUGAAAUGAAACUUACCGACAUUGAAAUAUUGAGUGGGGAGGAAUGUCAAUUAGAAUACGAAAAAAUGUCCAAAGAUGAACGUCAUAUACAUGAGCAGGAAGUGCAGGAAAACUAUUAUAAAGGGAGUGGUGUGUCAUGGUGGAACUUCUUUUAUGAUAACCAAGUUGGGAAACGCAAGGACCUUGCUUCACACCAGGAAGAUAUAUAUGACAAGUUGAAUUCAAAAGAAGGAGAAGCUUUAAUUGAAUUCCAUGAAAUAGAACACCACCCCGGUGCUGGAGGAAGUACAUUAGGAAGACACAUAUUGUGGCAGCUAAGUCAGUUUAAGGGUGUUCCGAAACAUUCAUUCCGCUGUUGUGUGGUGAGAAAGGUGCCAAUUUCAAACGAGAAAACAUCUUCAACUUCAAAACUUAAGCGUCUACUAAGACACAAUCUUAGUGGAAAGGAAUUACAAUGGUUUGAAAACAAAUACAAAGAGCUUGAGGACAAGAAAACUAUUGACGUUGAUACUUUGAUUGCUUUCAACGUCAUGAGAAAAUCCUUUGACAAAACGUAUAUAAAUAAACUCACUACAGAGAUGAUGAAAGGAGUUACUGAAACAGAAUUUGAAGUACUUAAAUGUCUGUCUGUCAUAUCUUCAUACGAAAGCGAUCACCCCGUGCCACAGUCCGUUUUUGAUUCGUUUAUGGAGGAGCAAUCAAAUAUAUAUGCGCUUGUGGAAACUCCAUAUGGUAUAGCCCAUUCCGUAAAAGAAUUACAGAAAAUGUCUGAGAGAAGGAAAGGCAUAUGGAAUGUCAAAAUGUCUGAAGCGAUGUCGCUACUUGUAACUAAGCGCGACGAUGCUGACCUUUACAAUGGAGGCAUUUGUAUUAUAUCACAACCACUUGCCAAGUCAAUUUUGCACUACAUCAUGACAAAAUCUAGCAGUUCCUUGGAAGACAUAGUUGAGCAAGUUCUUGAUGUAGUUUCUAAACGAAAGAGUGAAGGAAAUCCAAUGUCGAAACGAUUCGUAAAAAUCGUUUGCAGCUUGUUCAAAACAAGGCAAUUUGAAGACAACAACAAACCAGAGACAAAGCUUAAGUUUUCAGAUUUAGUUUUAGAUCUUAAGAAAGACAAAGCUUCACUGAGCGGAUCGGAAAAAGUGCCGAAGACAAUGAAAAGGUGUUUCGAAAUAACAGAUGACGCCAUGGUGGGUCAACAGUUAGCAAGGUACAACAUACACAUAAAUGAUUAUGCAAGUGCUGAGCGCGAAAUCAAAAGAUCGCUGGAACUGAAACCGGGGAAUUCCUACCUUCUAGACACAUAUGGUCAAAUUUUCAAAUCAAAAAUGGAGUACGUGCUGGACGCGCAACCUUCUUCUGAAAAGCUUGACCAACACAGAACUGCUGAAGUGAUCAAUCUGGCGUUUGCUGCGAUCAAUAAAUUCAAAGAAGGUCAGGAAAUAGCAAAAAAACUGGAUGAUGACACAAAUAUGAGUUGUUUUUAUAUGGAGGUAAAAACUGCAGUGAUUCUUUUGGAAAAGUUCCAAAAAUUCGACAACUUUCAAAGACGAGAUGAACUUUGCAGGUUUUUGACUGAUAUGUCUUUUCCUAUCAAUGAUUCCAAUUUUCAUGGAUUGAUACAAGCUUGUCCUAGAGUAGAAAAUUUAAGAAAAGAUAGUGAAUGGCAGCAACAUCUUGAAUCAUCACUUAGGUGUUUAGAAGAGACAAACUACCAAAUCAAACGUCAUCUAUACACUGUAUAUACUGAAGAUGAAACGUUACUUUUGAAAUUGAGAGAGCGUUUCGAACGAUUUUACGGCGCAAUAGAUGAAAGAAGCAAAUAUAUAUUCAAUUUCGGCAUUGGCCUCAAGCCAUUGAUGACAGCUGCUGAAAAGAAAUCAGCUAAAUUGCAGUGUAGAGUAAAUGAGGCACGAAAAAACCUCCACGAACUUUAUCACAGUGAUGUCAGAGAUUUGUUAGUGUAUUUAGGAUACAAUAUCAUCACCUUGUCUGAUAGGUCGAGCAAGGCGAGAGGUGAGCAAUGUUCACUUGAAGAGUAUGGUCGUUUAUUAAGAUACAGUACAAGACUGGUAGAUAAGCAACGACGAGAAAAGGCUGGACGAAAAUACCUUGAGUCUUUCCUAUACUUUGCUAUGCUCCAUUGGCCCUUACAGAAAAGACUUGAUCUCAACGAAGAUGUUCUUUCUCCUGGGGGAACAUACGAUGAUUUGAUGCAAGAAUGGGAGGAAACGUACAAAAACAACCACUUCAUUCAAACUUUAGAGCAGUCGAGAUUCAAGAAACCGAAAAAUUACUUUGCAUUGGGCAGGGGAACACCAGGCAACGAUAUAGUAGACCUUGAAUCAAUUAGAAAAAAGUGGAUGGAUAGGAAGAAAGAAGAAGGUCGACAUAGGCGCCCAGUAUUUGGAGACAACUUUUGGCGGGAAGGUUUCGUUGAGGCAAGCCUGGAACGCUUGGAGGGCGUUGUUGACGGCAAUGGUUGCACAAUCAGUCACACGGUAAAGUAUCCAAACAACAGGGAGCACACUUUUAUGAUAAGCACAUAUUAUCCUUGCGAUGGUUAUAGCAACAGACCGGUAACGUUCGUUCUUGGAUUCACGUGGAAAGGACCUACGGCCUUUGACGUUCGUGAAAAGGAAAUUGAGUCGCAAAAGCGAGCUGUUACCGGGUUCAGCAAUUCACAAGCUCCCUUGGUUGACACGAGCAGAAAUGAAACACUUCAAAACAUUGAGCUUGCGACCGUACCAUGUGAAGAGACAGGAGAGAGUAUAGAAGAUGCACUAACGGCUGAAGAACAAGCAGAAGAACGACAGCGUCCUAAGGCUGAAGCCCUAACAGAGCCUGGAACAUCGAUAAAACUAGCUAAACCCCAUAACAAUUUUGACAAAGCACGAAAGAAGAUAACGCAGGAUGGAAAUAACCCGAAGUCCGCCACCAACAUUCGGAUCAAUCAAGAAACAGAUGUUGAUGUGACACAGACUUUGAACGACAGCGGAUCUGGAAAUCUACCAGCUCAGAAUGUGAGACCAAAGGUUGGUGGCCUAGCGAAAAGAUCGAUACCGUCGGCUGAGGAAAGAGUCAGAGUGCUAUAUGAAAGAAAACCACAGAAGAGAAAACGGAAGAACAAACGGACCAAUUAG